CCCGCAGCCGGGGACUCUCCCGCCCCGCCCCGGCCCGCCCCCGCUGCCCGGGGAGGGCUGGGCGCUGUCAGGCGGGCGCCCGCGGGCGAUGGAGGGGUUGUGGGCCGCGGCGGGGCUCCUCCUGGCCCUCGCCCUGCUGGCCUUCGGCCUGGUCUGCUGCUACGUGAAAUGGAUCCACGCCAAGUACGACCACAUCCCCGGCCCCCCGCGGGUGAGCUUUUUAUUUGGACACCUGCCGAUCUUCUGGAGAAUGCUGAAAAACGAGGAGUUUAUGCAUGAUCUCCUCCUGCAGUGGGCAAAGAAAUAUGGACCUAUUGUACGGAUUAAUGCCUUCCACAGAGUCUCAGUAAUGAUUCUGACUCCCGAAGGAGUGAAGGAGUUCUUGAUGUCACCACAGUACCCAAAGGAUCGGAUGGUCUACAGACGUAUCUCCAACUUAUUUGGGGAGAGGUUUAUAGGGAAUGGCUUGGUAACUGUUUGUGACCAUGAGCAGUGGCACAAGCAGCGGAGGAUAAUGGAUCCAGCUUUCAGCCGAAGCUACCUGAUUGGUCUGAUGGAAACUUUUAAUGAAAAAGCAGAGGAGCUGAUGGAGAAGCUAGAGGAAAAGGCAGAUGGAAAAACUGAGUUUAGCAUGCUGACCAUGAUGAACCGGGUGACUAUGGAUAUCAUUGGAAAGGUGGCCUUUGGCUUGGAAUUAAACGCACUGAGCGACGACCGGUUGCCUUUGCCACAUGCCGUGCGCAUGGUUUUGGAGGGAAUGACCAAGGCACGCAUCCCCCUCCUGCGGUACAUGCCAGGGAAACAGAAGCUGGUAAAGGAGGUCAAAGAGAGUGUGAGGCUGCUGCGGCGCGUGGCGAAGGAGUGCAUUGACCAGAGGAGAAAGGACAUCCAGAAUGGGAAGGAAGCCACGCUGGAUAUUCUUACACAGAUACUGAAAGGAGAUGCUCUGGAGGAAACUAGAGAUGAUGAAAACAUUCUGGAUAACUUCAUCACUUUCUUUGUUGCGGGUCAUGAAACCACUGCCAAUCAGCUGUCAUUUACAGUAAUGGCACUGGCUCAGCAUCCUGAUAUACUGGAAAGGGUUCAGGCCGAAGUGGAUGAAGUUCUUGGAGCCAAGAGAGACAUUGACUAUGAGGAUCUUGGCAAACUCCAAUACUUGUCGCAGGUUUUGAAGGAAUCCCUGCGGCUGUACCCGCCUGUGGCAGGGACAUUACGCUGGACAGAUAAGGAGCACGUUGUCGAUGGCAUCAGAAUUCCUGCAAAGACAACACUCAUUUUCAGCAAUUACAUAAUGGCGAGGCUGGAAAGGUACUUCAAGGAUCCACUCACUUUCAAUCCAGACCGAUUUAGCAAAGAUGCGCCUAAGCCCUAUUACUGCUAUUUCCCAUUCUCUCUGGGACCCCGAUCCUGCAUCGGGCAGGUGUUUGCACAGAUGGAGGCGAAAGUGGUGAUGGCAAAACUGCUGCAGAGGUUUGAGUUCCAGCUGGUACCAGGGCAGAGGUUUGAUUUCGUGGAGGCUGGAACCAUUAGGCCACUAGAUGGAGUAAUAUGUAAAUUAAAGCCAAGGAGCCCUGCAAGAAGCUGCUAGGAGUGACUACUCAGGGAUGGGAGCAUGACAUGGUAGUCGUAGCAUUUCUCCUGAUUUUGAAGAUCAUCACACUAAUCAAAGGUUAGAUUUUUCAGACCCCUUUAGAAGAUUAUUAGACUGAAAUUUUUCCUAGCCUCAUCAUUCACUGAAGAAAACCUUAGGAGAGUCACUUUGGAUAUGUUUGAGCAUCUUUGAUCUGGAAACAUACCUACAAUUGCAAAGCCUGUUAUUUUCCUGGGGGGAAUAUUUGGUUUGACCAGACUUGGAAAAGAACAUCCUUUCACUGGAGUGUUCUAAACUCAAAUCCUAGCUGAUAGUUUCCAUUAACUUGACUUAUAACACAAUGUGGUCUAAGUUAGCCCUUGUUUGGGGAAUUACAUAGUAGAGCUCAAGAUUUGGGAUGAACUUGGGAAGAGAAGUUUAGUGCUGUUCUCUUGGUCAAAGUGAUUUUCCCAUCCUCCCUCUAAAAGAGAACGAUUGAUAGGAGCAAUCUGAAACAAAAGUCAGAGACUGUGGCCAGUACUUUUCGCUGUUGCUUGUGCCUCAUUUUUCUUCAUUCUGUCCUACUUCCAAUAUUUUCAGAGUGCAGAUUCCCAAUCCAUGCUGUAGAAAGGGGACCUCCUGCAUCCUCCUACCCCUUCCCACAGCCCAUCCUCAUCUCCUGAGAUGCUGUUCUCUCGAGGGGGUCUUGUUGGGUUCAUUUUAACCUGGUUCAUUUUCCCCAUCUGGCUUAUCGCAAAGGUACAUGAAUGCUUGGACCAGGUGGUCUAGUAGGUACAACAGGGUUGGAAGUAAGUACCUAGAAACAAAUGCUGCUGAAAAUGAUACUACUGCUGAAGAAACACCUCUGCGAUUUGGGCCAGAAGCAGGAGAAGGUUCUGCACCCCCAUUUUCUGCAGCUGUGCCAAAAUUGCUCGCUGCGUGAAGGCUUGAAGCCUGGCUCUGCUAGAGAAAAAAAUGAUCGUGUCAAAACCACCUAAUUCCAGAAAUAAGUGGAUAGUUAAUAUGAGCUUGGGCCCUGAAGUAUAAGGAAUUCAAGACAUUUGGUGCUGCCACUUUGAAUUAAAAUGGCAAGAACCUGGUCUGUAUGCUGUCAAAUUCAUGUAGUGGUUUCCACACCAGGGGACUAACAUCCCAGAGCUUUCCCUGGUUCAGCUGCUGCUGUGCACUGUCUCACUGAGUGCAGCAGUGGGAUUGCAGCCAGUAAGGUUUGUGUGGCAUUUGAUAACGUAAGCAACGUUACACGGUGUGUGAAUGUGACUUACAGCCAGAGGUGCCAAUACUUGUAUUGCUAGGGAAGGUUUAGUCCAUCUAUUGGUAGACCAGUAGACCAGCUCUUCAGUCCCUUGUGCUGGAGAUGUGAUUAUAUCCUCCUAGACAUUAAUAAAAUCUGGUUGGGAAAACUGA